AAAACGUUUGACGACGCCGUGAUUGGUUCGCCUGGCUGUCAAUCACCCGCGAAAGGGGCGGAACCUUCGGGCCGCUGUUACCGACGGGAAAAUCAGCAGCGGAGCAGCGUUCGUCAAGAUCUGAACGACAGAACCGAGAAAUGGACUUAAAAGCAGAAUAAUGUCGGAUUCGUGAGGCUCUGGAGUUCGUGGAACACCGAUCGAGUGUGUUUAAUGAGGAGGACCUCGAUGUUACAGGAAGCGGGGGAGGGAAGAGCCGCAGCGACGCGCUAUUUUUAUCGUUAACGUAUAUAUUAUUUGGACUCGGUAUGAGCUAAAGUAACGUUACCUUCGCAGUCUGUGUGCCUGUGGACCUGUCGUUCAACGCGAAUAAACGGCCGUUAACGGACACGAUCGCGACCGUGAGGGACCCAGCGCGAGCGGACGGAGCCGCGGGGCAACCCUAUGCCAUGGAUUUAAAAACUGCUGUUUUCAACGCCGCCCGAGACGGCAAACUGAGGCUCCUCCAGAAACUCUUAGAGAACAAGAGCGAUCACGACGUCAUGAAACUCAUGGCGGAGAAGACCAACGGAGCGACGCCGCUGCUCAUGGCCGCGCGGUACGGGCAUCUGGAGCUGGUGGAGUACCUGAUCGAGUGCUGCUGCGCUUCUGUGGAGGUCGGCGGCUCGGUGAACUUCGACGGGGAGAUCAUCGAGGGAGCGCCGCCGCUGUGGGCCGCCUCGGCCGCCGGACACCUGAAGGUCGUGCAGUCUCUGCUGGGUCACGGCGCCUCUGUGAACAACACGACUCUUACAAACUCUACUCCGCUGAGAGCCGCGUGCUUCGACGGACACUUGGAUAUAGUCAAAUACCUGGUGGAGCACAAAGCGGAUCUGGAAGUGGCCAACAGGCACGGACACACCUGCCUCAUGAUAUCCUGCUAUAAAGGACACAAGGAGAUCGCGCAGUACCUGCUGGAGAAAGGAGCCGAUGUCAACCGGAAAAGCGUGAAAGGUAACACGGCUUUACACGACUGCGCUGAGUCCGGGAGCCUGGAGAUCAUGAGGAUGCUCCUGAAGUAUGGCGCCACCAUGGAGAAGGACGGCUACGGGAUGACGCCGCUGCUCUCCGCCAGCGUGACGGGCCACACCAACAUCGUGGACUUCCUCACGCAGCACCCUCAGACGGGCAGAACGGAGCGCAUCAACGCUCUGGAGCUGCUGGGGGCCACGUUCGUGGAUAAAAAGAGAGACCUGCUGGGAGCGCUGAAGUACUGGAAGAGAGCCAUGGAUCUGCGGCACAGUGACUCCAACCACGUGCUCCUGAAGGACGAGCCCAAGCAGCUGGUGCCGGCCUACGACUACAGCAAGGAGGUGAACUCGUUUGAGGAGCUGGAUGGCCUGAUCGCUGACCCUGACGACAUGCGCAUGCAAGCGCUGCUGAUCCGAGAGCGCAUCCUCGGCCCCUCGCACCCGGACACGUCCUACUACAUCCGCUACCGAGGGGCCGUCUACGCAGACUCGGGCAACUUCGAGCGCUGCAUCAAGCUGUGGAAGUACGCUCUAGACAUGCAGCAGAGCAACCUGGACCCGCUCAGCCCCAUGACGGCCAGCAGCCUGCUGUCCUUCGCCGAGCUCUUCUCCUUCAUGCUGCAGGACCGAGCCAAGGGUCUGCUGGGCACCUCUGUGUCCUUCCAGGAGCUGAUGGAGAUCCUCAGCAAGAGCGUGCUGGAGAUCGAGCGCGCCAUCAAGCAGCCGCGGCCCGGCCCCGAUCCGGCGCAGCUCAGCAAGGUGCUGUCCAUCAUCCUGCACCUCAUCUGUCUGCUGGAGAAAGUGCCGUGCACCGUGGAGCAGGACCACUUCAAGAAAGAGACCAUCUACAAGUUCCUGAAGCUGCAGGCCUGCGGGAAGAACGGCUUCAGUCCGCUGCACCUGGCGGUGGACCGGAACACCACCUGCGUGGGACGAUACCCCGUCUGCAAGUUCCCCUCCUUCCAGGUCACGUCUAUCCUGCUGGAGUGCGGCGCGGACGUGAACUGCCGCGACGAGGACGAUAACAGCCCUCUGCAUGUGGCCGCGUCCAACAACCACCCCGACAUCAUGAACCUGCUGAUCUCCUGCGGCACGCACUUCGACAGCACCAACUCCCUCAAGCAGACGGCCUGCGACCUGCUGGACCAGAAGGAGCUGGCCAAGAACCUGAUCCAGCCCAUCAACCACACCACGCUGCAGUGUCUAGCGGCGCGCGCCAUCGUCAAACACGGCCUGGCGUACCGCGGGAACAUCCCCGAGCGGCUGGAGGCCUUCGUGCUGCUGCACAGAUAGUGCUUCGCUCGGAGCCCUGCUGCGUUUCUUCAUCGCCUUUGCUUUCUCUAUGCAGAGACGGUCGGAGCGGGUGGGUUCGCUUCUCUCCAGUGGACUGGACUGCUGUCAUAUCUGCCCUCCAGCGUGAGCGAGCAUUAGGGCGAUAAAUCGAUAUGGAUUCUGAGAUCUUCUGAAUGCAUGGUGAUUCUCUCUGGAAUGGAUUGAGUUUAUAUUUUAACAGCAGAUGGCGCUCUACUCUAGUGUUUAUCCGCACACUCAAAUACUGAUGAAGAAGAGCGCUGAAGAGCACUUGUGUGUUCGGCUGAGUCUGUAAUCUCACCUCGGCUCAGAAUGCUUUUAUGACGCCAGAUUAAUGUAAACACACCCUUGUGAUUCGCUUCAACCUUUUCCAAUCUUAUGCAUGAUUAUUUUAGGUUGGAGUGUGUAAGGAUUUGGAAGCGAGCAGAGUACGUCUGAUUCUGGAGCGUGCAGCGCCACCUGCUGCUCAAAACUACGCUCAGAAUCCACUCCAGAAAGAAUCACGACGCAUUCAGAAAAUCUCAGAAUCGAUGCUGAAUCAUUUCUCGAUUCACGAUGCUUCGGUUUAUUUUCCAGCCCUAGCGAGCAUUAGGAUGUGCUUGAUGUUUGCCGAUACCAUAAGUGCUUUUAUUCUUCCUAUGCACAGGCUGUAAUAUGGGACUGUUCUGUGUUACUGGAUUGUGCCACGUGUUCAUGCAACUGCCUGUUUAUUUGUCAUCUUUUCCUCUCCGUCUCUGAUCCGGUGGAAUGGCCUGCUCGAGGAAACGCGUCUCUAGUGAAUGUUUAAUCUUUGAACCCAAACCAAACCUCCCGAUUGUUAAUGCGGUUUACCGUCAGACACACGAACCAGUGCCCAGAUUAACAGACCUGAGUUUGUGAUGAUGAUGAUGAUGAUGAUGAUGGGAUCUUCAGCUCUGUGUAGUUUAAGUUCAGCUUUAGCUACAUUUGUGCUGUUUGAACUCAAGGGCUUUCGAUUCUCUUACAGGCACAAUACACUAGUAAAUAAAACAAAUGUACAGUCAAAAGGACUUGCACUUUAUUGCAGUGAAAUUUGAUAUUCAUAUUAUGAUAGCAUACAGCUUGUUGAUGUCCUUAGAGCAUAAUUGACAAUAAACCUCUGUUGCACUUCA